AUGAACGUCCGCGACCCAUUCAACCUACACCGGAACUCAGCCAUCAACGUUUUCAAAGUGACGGCCUCCCGAGCUGCCCAGAACAUAAAAGAAAAGGCGGUCGAGGUCGGAGCCACUGCCUUGAACGACAUGGCUUUCAAUGUGCCCAAGAAUGUCCCCUCCUUUAACAACCCGCAACGAGUCCUUGAAGAUCGCUACUGGGGCGCCUCUGCCGUAAACAGCCGAUCCGGCCGUGGAGGGAAUUCCGGUAUCUUCCACGGCGUGCAAGGACGAGUCGAAGACCUGCUCGGCACCAGGGGACAACUGCCAAUGUACAAAGACAAGCCUUACGCCCAUCACGCGAGCCGGAGGUUUCGUCUUUGGCGGAGGAAACGCUCGAUCCUGGUCACUCUGCUGCUCCUUUUCUCAGGCCUGUGGUUCUUCGGUUUCUUUUCCGAAGGCUCCAAGGCACGAGCGUCGGCAUCGACAUGGACAGGUUGGCUUGGCGCUUCUGAGCCCGCGGGCAAGAAGGUGGACUGGCUCAAGAGGCGAGAGAGAGUGGUGGAGGCCUUUGAGCUUAGCUGGGAUGCUUACGAGCGCUACGCAUGGGGCUACGACGAGUACCACCCCAUCGCGAAGACCGGACGACAGAUGGCCCCCAAGGGUCUUGGCUGGAUCAUCAUCGACGCCCUAGAUACCAUGAUGCUAAUGAACCUGACAUCGCGCUUAACCCACGCGAGGCAAUGGCUCGCCACCGACUUGACGUGGGACCAAAACCAGGAUGUCAACACAUUCGAAACCACCAUCAGGAUGCUCGGUGGUCUCCUCUCCGCGCACUACUUGUCCAACGAGUUUCCCGAAUUGGCCCCGAUCAAGGACGACGACCCAGGUGCGCCGGGCGAGGAUUUGUACUUGGAAAAGGCAAAGGACCUGGCUGAUCGCUUGAUGAGUGCCUUCGAUUCGCCUUCUGGAGUUCCUUACGCGAGCGUCAAUUUGGCCGAGUUCAAGGGCAUCGUCUCCCACGCCGACGGGGGCGCUUCCUCGACCGCCGAGACGACCACUCUGCAGCUCGAGUUCAAGUACCUGGCCAAGCUCACCGGCGAAAAGGACUUUUGGGACAAGGUCGAGAGAGUCAUGCAGGUUGUCGACGACAAUGGCGCCCAGGACGGCCUCGUCCCCAUCUACAUCUACGCCACGACGGGAGAGUUCAGGGGCGACAACAUUCGCCUCGGUUCCCGUGGUGACUCGUACUAUGAGUACCUGAUCAAACAGUACCUGCAGACGAACAAGCAGGAACCCAUCUACCAAGAGAUGUGGGAUGAAGCCCUCGAGGGCGUGCGCAAGCACUUGAUCACCUAUAGCAAGCCCUCUGGCUUCACUGUGCUUGGAGAACGGCCCUCUGGGCUGAACAACGAGCUGUCUCCGAAGAUGGACCAUCUCGUAUGCUUCAUGCCCGGAACGAUUGCGCUAGGAGCUACUGGUGGCAUCCCCGAGGCGGAGGCCAGACGGUUACCGACAUGGAACAAAAAGAAGGACGCAGACAUGAAGCUGGCUCGCGAGCUCAUGCAGACCUGCUGGGGCAUGUAUAAGUGGAUGGCGACCGGGCUUGCUGGAGAGAUCACCUACUUCAACAUUGACGACCCUCCGGCGCCCGUCACAGCCUCGCAUCACCCACCGAAGGACUUUGACCCCGACCCCCACGCCAAGUGGCGGAAGGACUAUAAUGUUCACUCCAACGAUGUCCACAAUCUGCAGCGACCCGAGUCCGUCGAGAGCUUGUUCUACAUGUGGAGGAUCACCGGGGAUCCGAUCUACAGGGAGUGGGGAUGGGAAAUGUUCAAGUCCUUCGUCAACUACACCUCGGUUGAGGAAGGCGGCGGAUUCACAAGCUUGAGCAACGCCAACACGAUCCCUCCUGUUGUGCGUGACAACCUGGAGAGCUUCUGGAUGGCUGAAACUCUAAAGUACUUUUACCUCUUGUUCUCGCCCAACGACUUGUUGCCCAUGGACAAGGUCGUUUUCAAUACUGAAGCUCAUCCGUUUCCCCGCUUUGACAUGGGCAAGCUGUUCAAGACCGGCUGGAAGCGGAAGCCGAGAGACGUCAACAGAAAGAUUAUCGUUGAGCAAGCAUGA